AUGGGAUGCUGUGUGAGCACCACCGAGAGCCGCCCGGAACACAGGACGGGGUCGACCCACCAGCAAUUUCCGACCAAGUCUCCGUUUGAGAAACCCGACCCGACUCAUGUCAGAGACCACAGAGCUCCACCACCGGUACCGGUAGAAGAAGAAUCCGUGAAAGAGGUACUCUCUGAAACACCCAUUGUUCCCAAACCACAAAACCCAAUUCCAGCAGACGAAAAGAAGACCGUCGAAACGAAGGGUUUGAAUCUGGUUCACAAGACAGAAAAGGAGCUCUCCGAAGCUUCUCAGCUAGCGGAGAGCUUCUCAUAUUCAACAGCAACUACGACUACCACUACUAUUACAGAGAAGAAAGACGAAGAAGACGAAGCAAUGAGUAAGCGAAGCAGAGAAGCGGGUCACAGCGCGCUUAACAGAACUGAGGCAAGAAGACCCAGAAAGCGUCCCUACACCGGCGAGCUCUCCGCCCGGAGAAAUAUCCCAGCGAGGGGACCGAGUGAGGCGAGGGCCCGGAGGCUUAACGCUGGCACCCCCGGAGCCCGGAGAGAUUCCGGGGAGGGCUCCGGCCGGCGGUCGAGAUCACCGGCUACCAGGAUAGCCGGUGGAGCGAGUAGGGCUGGAGUGGGGAGGAGCCCCGGGAAGGCCACGGGAACAGCCGGAAGCCGGUCACUGGAUUCGGGGGUGCAGAGCAAGCAGCACGCUGGGGUUGAAGAGGAGAAGUCCAACGACGACGUUGUGCAGCAGGGAAAUGAGUCCCUUGAAAACCCACUUGUUUCGUUAGAGUGCUUCAUCUUUCUGUAG